AUGCAAAAAAUUAGAUAAAACUUUGAAUUAAGAAACAAGUUAGGUUCUGGUGCUUUUGGGGACAUUUACUUAGGAGUGAAUACAAAAAAUAACAUUGAGAAUGUCCUCAAUUAAGAUAUGAACAUGAAAUUUAUAAAAGAUUAUUAGCUGAUAAUUAGAGUAUAGAUAGAGGAAGGAAUGUGGGUUUACAUUUAUGGUUGUGGAUUUAUUGGGGCAUCCUUGGAGGAGCUCUUCGUGAGUAAGAAAAAAAAGUUUUCUCUAAAAACAGUUGUUAUGAUUGGAUUGCAACUUCUAGAGAGAAUAGAGUUCGUUCAUUCAAAGGGUAUAAUACAUAGAGAUAUAAAACCUGAUAACUUUUUAAUUGGGAAACUCAACAAACAAAACAAAAUUUAUAUCUUGGAUUUUGGUUUGGCAAAACGAUUUGUUAAAGAAAACGGACAUAUACCAUUUAGGGAAUCGAAGACUCUAACUGGAACUGCCAGAUAUUGUAAUUUAAAUACACACUUAGGUGUAGAACAAAUUAGAAGAGAUGACAUUGAGUGUAUGGCAUAUGUAUUGUUUUAUUUUCUCAAAUCAACUUUGCCAUGGUAAAACAUGAGAACAAAAAUUAAAGAGAGAAGUAACUCUGCCUUUUUGAAUACGAACGAAUUAUGGAAAAGAAGAUGA